AUGGUCUCCGAAGUCGGUUACCUGCACGAACAUCCAGAUAUCGAGACUGUCAUCAAGCGGAAGGGCAUCAACCCUAUGAACGAAGACGAGCUCAUCCAGACCAUGAACAUGGCCGUCACAAAUCAACGACCCGCUACCUGGGACUCGAGAUACGAUCACCUAGCGGGCUCGCAUCUUCUCUCUGGGAUGGAAUUCAUCAGCCUCAGGGGCCAUCAAGACGCUGGUGCUCGGGGCUUCGACAGCGACAACCCCAUCUUAAGCGACCCUCGAGCCGCGCUCUUCGCCGCGUCAUUUUCCCGCACCGCCACCAGCAAAGAAACCACAAAGUAUGGUGCAAAUCCUCCCCUUCCCGAGACAGAGACAAUCAAGCGACGGCUUCGCGACGACAACGACACAAACCCUUCCUCUGCAAUCGACGCACUCCGCACCGCCGUCUCCCGAAAGAUCUCCAGCCUGGUCCUUCUCGCAGAAGGUGUGCUACUGGGACCGGAUCAGCCGUUAAGUGGCUUCGGAUUGGACUCGAUGCUCGCGGCUGAGUUGCGGACUUUUGUCUUUCGGGCGUGGAAUGUCGAUGUACCGUUUGUUGUGCUUUUGAAGAAGAAUAUGACUGUGAAUGGAUUGGUUGGGUUGAUUGCUGAGGAGUUGGGAGGUGGAGGGGGUUGA